AUGGAAGUGCACAGUAUUGGUCAGAGCGACUGGCAUGUUGAGGUGGGCCUGCUAAGGAAAGAGGUAGGCCUGCUAAAGCAAUGGGCCUGUAUGGAGGAGACGAGACGGAUAGAGAGACAGAAGAUGGAGAUGUAUGUAGAAGAGAGAAAACCACAGGAUUACCAGCAUCUGGAGAUGAAUAGAGAGAAGGUGUUGAAGGAGGUGGAGAGGGACAGACUUGAGAGGAUGAAGAGGGAGGAGAAGAAGGAGCUUGCAAAAAUAAAUCAAAUGAAGGAUGAAGAGUUGCUGUUAAUGGAUAUUAGAAUGAGGGAAAGGGAGAGAGAGAUGGAGGAGGAAAUGAGGAGGUUCAGGGAUAAAUCUGAGAGGCAGAAGGUAGAGAAACAGAUGGAGCUCCAGAAGAAGAGACAGGAGGAGAGAGAUGAGUGGGAGAUAUUUGAAAAUAAGAGAGUGGAGGAAUGGAACGAGUUUUACAGGAAGGAAGAAGACAUCCGAAAGGAAGAGUCAUGGAUGAAAGCAGAAAGGAAGUCAAAGAGAAAGGUGGAAGAAGGAAAGAGAAAGAUGGGAGAAGAACAACAGAUGCUGAAAAAGCAAGCCAGUCUAACGGAGACACUGAGUGAUGGAAAGAGAAGAAACCUGGAAGAGAGAAAGGAAGAUGAAAAUAAUAUGGGAGAAAAGUGUGUGAAGGAAGCAAGGGAAGGAGACAGGAGAGAGCUCCUGAAAGAAAAGAGACAGAGACAGAUUGCAGAAGAAAAUUUGACACACAUGGAGAAACAAAUGAUGGAGAGGGAGGGGGAGAGGAAGAGAGAAUUUGAGAGUCAGAUUAGAGAAGAGAAAAGGAAGCACGAGGAGGAAAUAAAAAUGAGGAAACUGGAAGAGGACCUAAUGAUAGAAAAGAGGCAGAGACAGAUUGCAGAAGAAAAUAGGACACACAUGGAGAAACAAAUGAGAGAGCUGGAGGAGAGGGAGGAGGAGAGGAAGAGAGAACGUGAGAGUCAGAUUAGAGAAGAGAAAAGGAAGCACGAGGAGGAAAUAAAAAUGAGGAAACUGGAAGAGGACCUAAUGAUAGAAAAGAGGCAGAGACAGAUUGCAGAAGAAAAUAGGACACACAUGGAGAAACAAAUGAGAGAGCUGGAGGAGAGGGAGGAGGAGAGGAAGAGAGAACGUGAGAGUCAGAUUAGAGAAGAGAAAAGGAAGCACGAGGAGGAAAUAAAAAUGAGGAAACUGGAAGAGGACCUAAUGAUAGAAAAGAGGCAGAGACAGAUUGCAGAAGAAAAUAGGACACACAUGGAGAAACAAAUGAGAGAGCUGGAGGAGAGGGAGGAGGAGAGGAAGAGAGAACGUGAGAGUCAGAUUAGAGAAGAGAAAAGGAAGCACGAGGAGGAAAUAAAAAUGAGGAAACUGGAAGAGGACCUAAUGAAAGAAAAGAGGCAGAGACAGAUUGCAGAAGAAAAUAUGACACAUAUGGAGAAACAAAUGAGAGAGCUGGAGGAGGAGAGGAAGAGAGAACUUGAGAGUCAGAUUAGAGAAGAGAAAAGAAAGCACGAGGAGGAAAUAAAAAUGAGGAAACUGGAAGACAUGAAGAAUGAAAUGUUUGGAAAAAUGAGAGAGUUGGAGGAGGAGAGGAAGAGAGAACUUGAGAGUCAGAUUAGAGAAGAUAUGAGAAAAAUAGAAGAGGAAAGAAAGCAUGAGGAGGAAAUGAAAAUGAGGAAACUGGAAGAGGACCUAAUGAAAGAAAAGAGACAGAGACAGACUGCAGAAGAAAAUUUGACACAUAUGGAGAAACAAAUGAGAGAGCUGGAGGAGAGGGAGGAGGACAGGAAGAGAGAUCUUGAGAGUCAGAUUAGAGAAGGGAAAAUUAAGCACGAGGAGGAAAUGAAAAUGAGGAAACUGGAAGACAUGAAGAAUGAAAUGUUUGGAAAAAUGAGAGAGUUGGAGGAGGAGAGGAAGAGAGAACUUGAGAGUCAGAUUAGAGAAGAGAAAAGAAAGCACGAGGAGGAAAUGAAAAUGAGGAAACUGGAAGACAUGAAGAAUGAAAUGUUUGGAAAAAUGAGAGAGUUGGAGGAGAGGAUGAAAAAGAUGGAAAGACAGCAUGCAGAGAAGACCACGAUGGAGGAGGAGGAGGAAAGAAAGAGGGUGGAAGACACAGUGAGGAUGAAAGAGCUAAACAAGACAGCAUUGGAUGUGUGGGAAUUUCACUUUGGAAGUCAUGAAUGUCCGAAACACAGAAGUGAUUCAGAAUGUUCAGAUUGUGAUGACAGUAAAAGUGUCAAAGCACACCAGAAGAAGACAGACAAAGAGAAGAAUGAAACGAUGGAAGCACUCCUGACCGAGGAAAAAUGGAACAGUAGUGAUGAUGAUGAUGGUUUCACUGAGAUGAAACAAAAGGAUGGACAUAAAAAUAUGCUUGUUGAGGAGAAGGUAGCUACAAAUUACUGUCAAAAUGAUCAACCAGGAAAAGUCAAAGUUCAAAAUGACCUGGCAGGUGAUAUAGACUGGUCAGAGAGUGACUACAGCGAGAUUGAGGAAAUAAUCGACAGUGACACUGAGGACAUUAGUGAAGAAAUAAAGGAAACGGAUGAGGAGGAGGAGGUUGAAGAUAAGACAGAUAUUGAGAGUGAUGAGAGAACAGUAAGAAAUGUGAUAAGACGUGAAUGUGAUGAUGAUAAGAGUGGGAAACCAAACAUGAAGAAAGGCAUGGUUGACAAAGACAAUACGGACAACAACGUUGAGAAAGGGAAAACAACCCAAAGCAACACAAAGAGAGAGGAGGGUGAGAAAAAAGAGGUUCAUCAAAGCCAAGACACAGAGAUAUACAAAACCAAUGGAGCGACAGAAUCUGACGAGCUCACUUUGGCUCCUGGAAAGGGGUCAGAUAGCAAUGACAGUGAGAGGGUCAAAUCCAACCAAGAGAAAGAAAAUGAUGACCAAAAGGACACAGGACAGUUAGAGAGUCAGGAGGAGAAGGAGGACAGGAUACUUGCCAGAGCAGAGGGAGAGACUCAGCAUCCUCUGGAAGACCAAUCGGAAACAUGCAAAGCUGGUGCUCAGACUCAGCAGACCCAGCAGUGCAAAGCUGGAGGAAAGACUCAGAACACUCAGACAGACCAGGCAACAAAGGUCAAAGGUGAACAGGACCUGACAAGUGGGGGAAUGAACCAAGAGAAGACAGAGAUAGAGGUCCUUCAGAGGUCUCGUCAGUGUAAAGGCAUGGCCAAGGUCCCCCCGGUUCAGCAGGCCAAAGUGAGUAAUAAAAGUGAGAUUGUCCAAAAGAAAGAUGGGAAUGACAAAGUGACAGAGCCAAAGACAGAUGCAGAGCUCAUUAUGGAAAAAUAUGAGAGGAUGGUGGAAGAGGGGAGACGGGGGCCUGGUCAGAAGGAUAGGAGAGGUAAAGACAUGGCCAAAGAGUCUAAAGAAGAGCAGCGCAGGCUGAGGAAUGAGAAGGUCCUUCAGGAUCACCUGGACAGUGUAGAGAAUCAGGAAGGGACAAGCAAACAGACCAGACAACCACAGUGUAAAGAUUACUCUAUUUUCACUGCACCAGGGCUAAAGAGCAAGGACCCGUAUGAUCAACAGCCAGUAAAAUGCAAAGUUCCUGACGUUUUCCUUGCAAAGAAGUGA